UUGAUUUUGAUAAGCUGGGAUUAACAGACGAGUCAAACCCGUUGGGUGAUUUACCACCCAUAUUGACCAGACAGUUCAGUCGGUCAACAGGACAUUUGCUAGGAGAUUUUGUGGCUCGGUACCUUCACUACAAAAGUAAGCGUGACUUAGCUGCUCAGAAUAAACCGUUGGUCAAGAAAUCUCCGUACUUUCAAAUAAAAGAAGAGGCCCAGGAGGCAGAAAACUUGGAGCUGCCCCGACUUCCAGAACGUUUUAAGCACGUGUUUCACGGCGGGGAGAGAGUUUUACUCUAUGGAGCGUUAGAAGAUUUAUUGGGCACAUUCGGUAUUAAUGGCAAGGCAUGCUUACUACGUACCAUAUGUGAAGUGCACUCCCAGAGAAUUGAACAUUAUGGAGUGUUCGGUGAAAUAGCGAAACUUUUUUUAACCGCUACUAGCUCACCCUUCGCUGAUCUUAUACCUGAAUAUGUGCGUGCUCAAGAGAUAGGAGAAGGACACAAAGCGCCUGGUGAAUGUUUUCCAUAUUAUAAGGAGUGCUCAAAGAGUAUUUUUAGAACCGCACACAAGAACAUAUAUAG